AUGUACCAUUCACAAAAUGUCCGGGGUUUUAAACGGGUGGACCGGCACAAAUGGAUGAGCGGUUGGAGGGUACAAAGUAAAAGAACCAAUACCAUUGCGUGGGGUUUACAAGAGACACACAUUGAUUCGGAGAGCGCGGCCCAAGAGGCAGCAGACUCGUGGUCAACCAACUGGGGUGCGCAAUAUUCGGACUGUCACACGGAAUCAUCAUACUGGAGCGUUAGCGCCGAUAAGACCGGGGGAGUAGCCAUCCUACUCGACCCGCGUAAGCAACAAGUGUGCCAACGGUGGCACCCGGAGCUGUGGUCUAAACGGGUGAUAGCAGUCAUAGUCGACUCCAUCUUGCUUGUCAACGUAUAUGCUCCUAAUGACAGACAGGAGAGGGAACGUCUAUUCCGUCUCAUGCGGGAAUGGCCAUGGCCUCAAUUAGAGGUGGUGCUCUUUGGCGAUUUUAAUUGUGUCCAGAGUCCCCAUCUCGACAGAUUGGGAGGUUUGCGGUCGGGACGUCCCGAAAGCCCGGAGUUGGAGACAUUACUUCAAGCUUUAGGACUCGAAGACGCUCAGACUCUGGCGGCUUCGGCAAUGGAGGACGAAGUACCGGAGCCGGUGGAUUACUACACAUUUUGGAAUGCACGGUCGGCCAGCAGGAUUGAUCGAUUUUAUGUAAACACGUCGUGGACAGCGGUCGUCCAGCAGGUACAAGUACAACUGCCUGUGUUUCAUUCUGACCAUCAACAAAUUAUCUUGCAAGUUGCGGUCGGUGGACCGCGACGGAACCAAAGAAAUAAAACCCAGCCAGUUCACUAUCCCAUUCGAACGCAGACGCCAGCGCGAGUCCACGACGAGCUUAGCGGAGUUAAUACGUCGGGAGGUCGGACGGGAAGUCAACACGAGGACAUGGGACAAAGCGGUUCUCGACUGCGGCUCAAGUAUCCGUCGAAUAACGAAAAAGGAAACGCAGAGGGCACGUCGAUUCCGACAGAGAAUCCAGGCUCAGGCCCGCACGCACCUGCUGACGCGAAAGAGUUUCAUACAGACAAUUGA